GUUUCACGGUGAACGAGGUAAACAACGCGUAGUAUCCGCAGCAUUGAUGACGUACAGCUGUAACCUAAUCAAUUUCUCUAGCCUUUCCCUCACAGCUGCAUGUGACUGAUCCCCUUUGUCCCCUGCUCCACUCUCUCUGAUCUCCUUCUACAGACGCAUGCUUCUCCAUCCCCUCUCUCUCUGACCCCUCUAUUCCUCAUACUCUGUGGAUUUCCAUGGCGUCCCCAGCUCUUCCCAAGCUUCUCAUUCUUUUCUUACUCUUUGUUCUGGUCAAUUUGGGUCCCUCUGCUCGGGCUCAGCUCGAGGAGACGAGCUUGAAGCUGAUGACGGACGCGUUUGAGUGGCCGACGACAAUGCCAUCACUCUACGACGAGUUCGAAGACGAGGGGGAUGAUGAGGACGGCAUGGACAGUGGGUCGUCUGGCCGUAGGUCUCUGUUCUGGCGGAGAGUUAUGAAGUACUACAUUUCGUACGGCGCGCUCACUGCCGACAGAAUCCCAUGCCCGCCCCGCUCUGGGAGAUCCUACUACACCCCCAACUGCUUCAAGGCCAGGGGCCCUGUUCACCCUUACACCCGAGGCUGCUCCAGAAUUACCCGCUGCAGGAGAUGAGUGAUCGAUGAGGUAUAUUUGGGUGCUAAAAUGCUUAAUUAAUUAUGGAUUCUAUUAUGUUCAUGGCUAUAUGAGUUUUUGUUUCUGGGUUGGGCUGCGAAUGUUGAUUUAGCAGUUUGAGUAGUGUGAGCUUUGGGUAUUUACUAGGUGAGUUGUUGAUGGCAUGGGUUCGAUGCUUCGGGACCAUAUAUGCAUUUGUAUUAUUCUCCAAAGUGUGUAAGUCUAUGUGCUUAGACGCUUGAAUGUGUAUGGAAAUUAAACCUGGUUAUUGCUUAUAAAUUGAGGCAUCUUCGUUUCA